UGACAGUUUAUUAUGUUAUAAAAAUGGCCGCAGUCCAGGCUGAGGUUGAUACUCCUAAAACCAACAGCGAGCCAGCUGAAGGAUACGACAAGAAAUGUAUUUUCUGCAAGAUUGUAAACAAUGAGAUGGGCACCGAGCUCCUUCACUGUGAUGAAGAGAUCUCAUGUUUCAGAGAUAUCAAACCUGGAGCUCCCCAUCACUACCUGGUUGUCCCAACCAAACAUGUUGGAAACUGUAAAUCACUCAGCAAACAGCAUGUUCCUUUGGUGAACCGCAUGGUCGAGACAGGGAAGGAGAUCCUGCAGAAAAACAACGUAACAGACCUCAGUGAUGUCAGGUUCGGUUUCCAUUGGCCGCCGUUCUGUUCUGUCACACAUCUGCACCUUCAUGUGCUGGCACCUGCUAGUCAAAUGAGCUUCAUGUCUCGUCUCGUCUACAGACUCAACUCUUAUUGGUUUAUCACGGCAGACCAGCUGUUAGAGCUUCUCAACUCUAAAGAAGAGACCACUACCUGAAUGUGACGAGGAGACUUCUUGGAGAUGUCACGUUGAAUGGUACACUACUGAUGACAGUAUAAUGAAAUGUUGACAUGCCUGUAACAAGAUACUACUUGAUUUUUUUAGUUUUGAUAUGAAACCGUUUGGGACUUGAGGCCUUGUAAAAGCUUGAAUUAAGCCAAAUCUUCUCUUGCUGCUUGAAACAAAUCUUCAAGAAACAUUCUAACUUUGAAGUGAACCGAAUCUCAAUAAAUCUGUCGUUAUAGAAACAUA